AUGUAUCUGACAACUUUGGUUGACGCCCACAGGCUCGCACCCGAGGAACCCUGGCCGGCGGCGAUUGAAGACUCAUGGGAGGCGUACCUUUGGACGACAUCGCACGGCGCGAGGAGGCUCAACCUGGACAUCAGCAAGAUGGCUGUUUCCGGAGCAUCAGCCGGAGCAAAGAUCGCUGCAGUGAUUGCACAGAAGGCUGCCCGACGACCACAACCAGGAGCGUCGAUGCGUUCACAGCUUUUGGCGGUCCCCAUCACGGACAACACAGCCUGCCCGUGUUCGAAUCCUACCUGGAAGGCGUUCGAGUUUACCGCCGGUCUGUCUGCGCAGAAAAUGCUCUGGUACCGGCAGCAUUACCUACCCAAUAAGGCCGACUGGUCGCACCCAGAGGCAUCGCCGCUUCUGGCGCCGGACGAAGUGUUUCAAAGACUGCCUCCUGCCGUCAUCAUCCUGGCGGAGCUGGACGUGCUCAAACAUGAAGGCAUGGAAUAUGCAAAGAAGUUGGAGACCAAUGGCGUGCCCGUGAAAGUGACGGUCAUGGAGAGCAUGCCACACCCCUUUCUCGCCAUGGAUGGUGUCCUAGAGGCCGGCAGGAAGGCCAUUACGAUCAUGUGCGACGAGUUGAUUCGGGUUUUUGAGUGA